AUGAGUAAACGAGUUGCGGAAAAAGUGAAGAGACGUCCUCGACGAUACGCUGAGUCAAUUAAUGAACAACUGGAUUACGAUACAAAUGGAGCAGAAGUUUAUUAUCAGAUGCCUCAGAGUUCAGUUGAGGGAGUGCCAUCAGUCAAUGAGAUUAUUGAUGGAAUUGUAGAAACAUGUCGAAUGAUUUUACGAGAAUCCCCUGUAGUUCUCGGUAAAAUCAACAAAAACAAUGUCUGGACACUCAAGUGGCUGAUCGACACUAUUUUCCCACGGAUGUACAGUGCGAAGCCUUAUGACAAAGCUCACUUGCUGGGAGACUAUGGGAGAAUUGCCUACUGUACAGGGGUGCCAGUUGGUGCCGUAAUCUGCAAAAUUGACGAAAAAGACAAUCUGUAUAUUUUUGUGAUAGGAACUUUGCCACAAUUUCGAAGGUGUGGAAUCGGUUCAGUUCUCUUGAAUUAUGUUAUCAAGUUAGGUGAAAUCAUAAAGAAGAACAUAACAUUGCACGUUCGUGUAGACAACAGAAGUGCCAAGCGGUUCUAUCAGAGAAACGGGUUUAUCGAGACAGAGUUUGUUAACGAAUUUUAUUUCCGAGAACCGCGAGGAGCCCAUCAUCUUGUAAAGUAUAUCAGUACAUCAGGAGGAAUGAUGGUAGUUGACGGAGACGGAGAGCAACCCGGAACAAGUGCACAGAGCAAUCCCAUCACACUUUGUGAAGUCACAAAGGAAAAUGUUCAGAAACUCAAGAUGCUCAUGCAAACGCUGUUUCCGGGAAUGUUCACCACCGCGAACUUCGAAGACGCUCAUACUAUGGGGAACUUCGGGAGAAUCGCAUGCAAGAAUGACAAACCAGUUGGUUUUAUUGUCUGUCGAUUUAUGAAUGGCAUGUUGUACAUAUCGUUGAUUGGAAUUUUACCGGAAUACAGAAGACAUGGAGUUGGCUCAGCACUUCUACAACAUGCAGUUAACUAUGCGACAACAGUGAAGAAGGAUAUUCAACUACAUGUUCAAGUCGGAAAUACAAUUGCCCAGGAGUUCUACCAAAAACAUGGUUUCAUUGAGACUGAGAGAAUUGAAACCUACUACAAUAACCCACCAAGAGCUGCUUUCUUGUAUACAAAGAAAAUCUGUAUGUAG